UGUCGUUUGACAUCAACUCUCACUGACACGCAUACACCGGCCAGCUCGGCUUAUUAAUACUAUCAUUAUAUAUCCAUACGUCGCCGGGUCGUACCCGCAGCCGGUGGCGCUAGUUUAUGAUCGGCCGUUUGUUCGGUAACUUGUCGCAGAAGGUCCCGAGUUUGCUGUACCGGGUGUCGCUGGUGAUGAAGCCGCAGGUUGUAUUCGUGCUGGGCGGGCCUGGCGCCGGCAAAGGAACUCAGUGCUCCAAAAUCGUGGAGAGUUAUGGCUACACCCAUUUGUCAGCUGGGGAUUUACUCAGGGAAGAGCGAGCCAGAGAAGAGUCAGAGUUUGGACAGCUCAUUGCCAACUACAUCAAAGAGGGCAAAAUCGUCCCAGUGGAGAUCACCAUCAACUUACUCAGGAAGGCCAUGGAAGCGACGAUGAAGGAAAACGAGAAUAAGUUCCGGUUUCUCAUCGAUGGUUUCCCCCGAAACGAGGACAACCUUCAGGGGUGGAAUAGUGUCAUGGAUGGAAAAGCUGAUGUUAAAUUUGUGCUUUUCUUUGACUGCAGCAAUGAGGUUUGCAUCAACAGAUGUCUAGAAAGAGGAAAGAGCAGUGGGCGAACAGAUGACAACAGGGAGAGCCUGGAGAAAAGAAUCCAAACCUACCUGCAGUCUACACGACCAAUCAUUGAUCUGUAUGAGAAACAAGGCAAGGUGCACACUAUAGAUGCUUCUCGCUCAGUGGAUGAGGUGUUCGCUGAUGUGAAAGCCAUCCUAGACAAAGAGGGUUGAGUUUCGCCAACUGCCAACAUUCAUUUAUCUUUUAUAUUUCUUUUUAUCAACUGCAUUUACACUAUAAUAAGUUUAUAUGUUCAUUCAUAUGACUUUUUACAUUUGGUUAAUUUUGACUUUGUAAACGCUGUACUGUUUAUUUGUGAGGAUGUAAAAUGUGUAUGAAUGUGGAGGUAGCAAUGGCAAGCGGCUACUUGUGAUGAACUAGUUAUUAUUCAGAAGAGCUCACAGUGUAGUCUUUCCUCAUAGUCUGAGGCCUCAGCUUAGAGACACACUUCUUUUGUCAAAGGCACUCGCAGCACUGAAAGUCUAAGAAAAACUGUACGUAUGACAAAUGUU